AUGACAGAAAAAGCCCUGGAGAAGUUAGACAUCCUGGACAAGAAUGAAAGGAUACUUGAAGCCAUCAGAGCAAAGAAAACCAACACUCAGCUUAAACAAAGAAGAAAGUCUUUGAUCACACCCAUGCUGUCUGAUGAGCAUAUGGACUUUGGAGACACAGUUAUCCCAUCUAUAUCUAAGAUGGUGACAGAGACCACAGAAGAUAAAUCACAUGACCUAAAGAAGCCAAAAACGUAUAUAUCUUUUAAAUAUAAGCCUGAAUCCAGAAGUGAUUUUGAAGAGUCAGAUUCGAGGCCACCUGUUCUUGCAGCAAAUGGAAACUCUGAAGAAAGUAAACCAAUGGAAUCCGAAGAAGAAAAGCUAAAAUCGAGCCCUACGUCUCUUCGUUUUCUUAAGGAUAAACCCGAGGCAGAAGAUGCAAAGCCCUUGCCGUUUCUACGGUCUUAUACUAGACACCUGUGCAAAAACUCAGCAGAGCCUUUAAUCCUGUCUCCUAAAGUCACCGAUGAAUCCAGUGCCAGCAAGAAGGAAGAAGUCUCACCACCAUUUACAGAUGAAAAUGAAAGCAGAGCUAAGAAGUUCAUGUAUUCUACAGACCACUCCGAAGAUUCUAUUAAAAAAGGAAAAUCCCCUCCAGAGGUGAACGCUUUCAUUACAAAAGAAAGUGAGUCAACCAGAAUUGACCAAGCAAGGACGCCUCUACACUUCGAGGAUAUACUCAAAAACUCAAAUAUCAAGACAAUUGACCUUGGUCCACCAGGGACAGCACUUUAUUCCACGGAACAAAGCCUUACAAAUCUGAUAAAUUUCCAUGACACAGCAUAUGUACAAAUGUGGCUCCUGGCAAAAAGGUUUGCUCCCCAUGUUAUGACACAUACAAAAAAGAAUGUUGUUUUAAAAAAAAAUUAUGAAACGUACAAAGCUUUAUAUGAUAACCCCAAGGCUGUUUCAAAACCUCAAAGAAGUAAACCUGUGGUACAGCAGAAAGACUUGCAAGCCAUCUCUUCUGAACAGGCCCAAAGGAGUAAAAAGGAGAGACAAAGGAAGGCACGUGAUAGUCUGGCUUCAUCAAAAAGACCUCCCAACACACUUUAUCAUUUGUCCCGAACUUUUUCUAGCUUAACCAAAAAAUUAGCUGGUUACUUUGAUAAAGAUGCUACUCAAGAAACGAGUGCUAAGGCAGACAGAUUUGAACGAACAUUUUACAAAGCAAAGCCAAAAUCCACCCGUAAAUUCACUGCCUUUGCUAUCAAGUACGACUCCAAGCCCCUGAAAAAUAUACUUGAGAUACGUAAGCUGAACAACAUAACCCCGCUGGAUAACCUGCUAGUCUGGUGA